UGUGAAGAUCCUUGUAUUAUCAGUUGAGUGCCAAGUGGACGGACUUUUAGUGAUCCCUUCAAUGUACGCUAUUACUUUGAGUGCUUCAAACAAAGUGAUGGUCGAAUGAUGAAGUUUCGUUAUGCUUGUCCUGAGGGCUAUAUAUGGUAUACUGAAAACCCAGGAGUUGGACGAUGUGUGGAAGACAAUGGUGACUACUACUAUGACAACCCUUUCAGCAACUGCAACAAUCCAGAGAACCUGUGUCCUGAUCAUAAUCAGUGUGAGCUGGACCCUUGCUAUCCUGGCGUUCCAUGUAGAUCUUCAAGCGUGGCUCCCUACUUCACCUGUGGUCCUUGCCCCACUGGAUUCUCUGGGGAUGGAAUUACGUGCGAUGGGCUAGGGUGCCCAGUUGGGUUUGCAGGUAUCAGUGGUGAAUGUGCCCCCGACUCUGACCUUGAUGGUUACCCAGACUCUGAACUAAGUUGUACAGAGAUAUAUUGCCGUCAGGAUAACUGCAUUUAUAGGCCGAAUUCCGGCCAAGAAGAUGCAGAUGGCGAUGGUGAUGGCGAUGCCUGUGAUAGUGAUGCAGAUGGUGAUGGCUUUGACAAGAAUACGGACAACUGUCUGCUGAUAUCCAACCCACUGCAAGAAGAUGCGGAUUCAGAUGGAUGGGGAAAUGUCUGUGAUAACUGCCCUUCUGUGUCUAACCCGAGGCAAAAGGAUACUGAUGGGGAUGAAUUGGGCGACGAAUGUGAUGACGAUAUUGAUAAUGAUGGAACCGAUAAUGUUAACGAUAAUUGUAUCUCGACCGCAAAUGCCAACCAAAAUGAUCUUGAUGGGGAUGGUUUGGGCGAUGAGUGUGAUAACUGCCCCCAGCAUCCCAAUAUUGGCCAAGAGGAUGCUGAUGAAGAUUUACUGGGAGAUGCGUGUGAUAACGAUGCUGACUUGGAUAGUGAUGGUGUGGACGACAGUAUAGACAACUGCCCAGAUGUAGCCAACAGUGACCAGUCAGAUGUAGAUGGUGAUGGCAGUGGCGAUGCCUGUGAUGCUGACAGCGACAAUGAUGGUGUGGAUGACACGGCUGACAACUGUCCCCUGUACCCAAUUCAGGGGGUUGUGAGUAUGUUAGAUUUGUUUGGGGAUGAAAAAGUAUGUUUGGGGCAUGGUAUGUAUGAGUAUAGGGAAAAUUUUGAUGGAUUAUUGGGCAGUGAUGAGUAUGAUAUGUCGGUAGAGUUGUAUUGUGAUGAAAACUUAGGUGAUAACCUUGAACCCGAGUUUGUAAGCUUCCUCCAGUUUGGAUCACAUGAUAAGGGAAACAGAGUUUUCCCCCAAUUGAUAAUUCUGACCAGCUAUGCACAGGGGAAGCAGACUCCCAAGGUUUGGUUUAGCCAAGCAGAGAGAGGGUUAUCGAAGCUGAUCAACUCCACUACGGGUCCUGGUACAGCACUAAGGGAUGCAUUAUGGUACACUGGUUCCACACCUGAUCAGGCAACACUGCUUUGGAAGGACAACAGCAUUGGAUGGGCACCAAAUGUGGCAUAUCGCUGGCAGCUUCACCACCGGCCUCGUAUUGGCGUCAUAAGGUUCUACUUGUACAGAGGGGAUUCUCAGCUGAUCGACUCUAAAAACAUUUAUGAUACUACACUACAAGGAGGCCGAUUGGGACUCUUCUGCUUCUCUCAAGAAAAAAUUAUCUGGUCCAACAUCAAGUAUACCUGUACUGAUUGUAAAAAGUCGGCAACUUCCUUAUCAGUGACUCAUCACUGGCUUAAUAUUAUGUAUGAAGUUUGGUCAAUGGUAUGA